AUGACAACUUCCCCAAAGGGAACAGAUCCACCUCCAACAGACAGUGGGGGAGACAUGGUGCCCAUUGUCAUCUGCAUUAUUCUGGGGGUCCUUCUCUGCUUGGUCCUUAUCGUUGUGGCUGGGCAGGUGCAAAAAGGCAGAGCACAGCAGAAAGCAUCCAGAAAAUUUAUGAAGCCCUUCUCUGAGGCUGUGUAUGAAGAGAUUGACUACAGCCCAAUGAAGGAGAAGGGACAAUCAUCAGUUAAGUCAGAAGCCUCUAUACUGCCCAGAGACACCACCAGUGAUGGUUAUGAUGAUGCUGGAGAAAUUUCUGAUCCAGAACACAGUUCUUCUUUUCACCAGAAUGAUGAGGAAGUCAGUGAAGCCCCAGAGGGAAGUGAUGGGACAAGGGAUUCACAGACAGGACGCAAGGGUGGCAUGAUGGAUCGUGUGCUGCAUGACAGUGUAGAAGUGGUGGUGGUGAUGGAUGGUUGA